AUGGGCGGGGCGAAAGCGAGAUCAGGCUGCGAGGAGAUUGUUCAGUCUAGUCUACGGGAUGAAAACAUCCCGACAGCGCAUCUCCCGUUGAAAUACGCAAUCCUAGGAACCUGGGAGCCCUCCCCUCGUUUGGGAGCCUUCCCUCGUCGCGCCUCCGCUCGCCUUCCCCCGCGCCUCCGCUCGCCUCGCCGCGCAUCCGCUCGUUUCGCCGCGCCCCCGCUCGCCUCGCCGCGCCUCCGCUCGCCUCGCCGCGCCUCCUCUCGCCUCGCCGCGCCUCCGCUCGCCUUCCCCCGCGCCUCCGCUCGCCUCGCCGCGCAUCCGCUCGUUUCGCCGCGCCUCCGCUCGCCUCGCCGCGCCUCCGCUCAUUUCCCUCCGCUGCUUCCCCUCAUUUCCCUCCGCUGCUUCCCCUCAUUUCCCUCCGCUGCUUCCCCUCAUUUCCCUCCGCUGCUUCCCCUCAUUUCCCUCCGCUGCUUCCCCUCAUUUCCCUCCGCUGCUUUCCCUCAUUUCCCUCCGCUGCUUCCCCUCAUUUCCCUCCGCUGCUUCCCCUCAUUUCCCUCCGCUGCUUCCCCUCAUUUCCCUCCGCUGCUCUUCCCCUCAUUUCCCUCCGCUGCUUCCCCUCAUUUCCCUCCGCUGCUUCCCCUCAUUUCCCUCCACUGCUUCCCCUCAUUUCCCUCCGCUGCUUCCCCUCAUUUCCCUCCGCUGCUUUCCCUCAUUUCCCUCCGCUGCUUCCCCUCAUUUCCCUCCGCUGCUUCCCCUCAUUUCCCUCCGCUGCUUCCCCUCAUUUCCCUCCGCUGCUUCCCCUCAUUUCCCUCCGCUGCUUCCCCUCAUUUCCCUCCGCUGCUUCCCCUCAUUUCCCUCCGCUGCUUCCCCUCAUUUCCCUCCGCUGCUUCCCCUCAUUUCCCUCCGCUGCUUCCCCUCAUUUCCCUCCGCUGCUUCCCCUCAUUUCCCUCCGCUGCUUCCCCUCAUUUCCCUCCGCUGCUUCCCCUCAUUUCCCUCCGCUGCUUCCCCUCAUUUCCCUCCGCUGCUUCCCCUCAUUUCCCUCCGCUGCUUCCCCUCAUUUCCCUCCGCUGCUUCCCCUCAUUUCCCUCCGCUGCUUCCCCUCAUUUCCCUCCGCUGCUUCCCCUCAUUUCCCUCCGCUGCUUCCCCUCAUUUCCCUCCGCUGCUUCCCCUCAUUUCCCUCCGCUGCUUCCCCUCAUUUCCCUCCGCUGCUUCCCCUCAUUUCCCUCCGCUGCUUCCCCUCAUUUCCCUCCGCUGCUUCCCCUCAUUUCCCUCCGCUGCUUCCCCUCAUUUCCCUCCGCUGCUUCCCCUCAUUUCCCUCCGCUGCUUCCCCUCAUUUCCCUCCGCUGCUUCCCCUCAUUUCCCUCCGCUGCUUCCCCUCAUUUCCCUCCGCUGCUUCCCCUCAUUUCCCUCCGCUGCUUCCCCUCAUUUCCCUCCGCUGCUUCCCCUCAUUUCCCUCCGCUGCCUCCCCUCAUUUACCAGGAUUUCCCCCUGUUUCCCCUCGUUUCCCCACCUGCUAAACCCUCGUUUUCCCCUCUUCUCUCCCUCUUUUCAUCUUCCUAUUCCCCCCUUUCCCUCUCCCCCUCUUCCGUACCUCCCCUCAUCUCUAUCCUCCCUCUUCCUAAGGUAUUUCCUUCUUUCUCUCUCACCCUCUUUCCUUCUCCUUUCUCUUCCCCCCUGCUUCCCUCUUCCCCCUCUUUCCUAUCUCCCCUGUCUCAGCUCUUCUCAUCUCUAUCUGUUUGA